CACGUGCUUCCAGAACGCCCCCUCCGCUGCCGCUGCUAGGCCGGCAUCAUGGUGCAGAUUUCUGCCCUGCGGCUGCUAAGACGGCCGGGGACGAGAGGAGUCUCGCUCCUGGAGUACUCUACCCCCCGCCACUACACUUCGGCCCCUCUCCGUGCCCGCGACGAUGCUCGCGACGAGCGCGCUUUCUUCACGACACCCAUUUUCUACGUGAACGCGGCGCCGCACAUCGGGCACCUGUACUCGGCGCUACUGGCAGACGCCUUGUGCCGCCACCGUCGCCUCCGAGUUCCCAGCGCCGCCGCCACGCGAUUCUCCACUGGUACCGACGAGCAUGGCCUGAAGAUUCAGCAAGCAGCAGCCGCUGCGGGCCUGGCCCCGACCGAGCUGUGCGACCGAGUCUCUGCCCAGUUCCAGCAGCUUUUUCGGGAGGCUGGCAUCUCCUCUACCGACUUCAUCCGCACCACCGAAGUCCGGCACCGGAUCGCUGUGCAGCAUUUCUGGGGAUUGCUGAAGGCCCGGGGUCUGCUCUACAAGGGUCUCUAUGAAGGUUGGUAUUGCGCCUCCGAAGAGUGCUUCCUGCCUGAGGCCAAGGUCACCAGGCAGCCGAGUUCCUCGGGGAAUUCGUGUCCUGUGUCUUUAGAGAGUGGGCAUCCCGUAGUCUGGACCAAGGAAGAAAACUACAUUUUCAGGCUUUCUCAGUUCCGAGAGCCUCUUCAGCAGUGGCUGCGGGGCGACCCUCAGGCAAUCACCCCUGAGCCAUUUCAUCACGCAGUUCUUCAGUGGCUAGAGGAGGAGCUGCCAGACCUGUCAGUCUCUCGAAGGAGCAGCCACUUGCAUUGGGGCAUUCCUGUGCCCGGGGACGACUCGCAGACCAUCUACGUAUGGCUGGAUGCCUUGGUCAACUACCUUACUGUAAUUGGCUACCCAAAUGCUGAGUUCAAAUCUUGGUGGCCAACCACCUCUCAUAUCAUAGGCAAGGACAUUCUUAAAUUCCACGCUAUCUAUUGGCCUGCCCUCCUCUUAGGGGCCGGCAUGAGCCCACCACACCGCAUCUAUGUCCACUCACACUGGACGGUCUGUGGCCAAAAGAUGUCCAAAAGCUUGGGCAACGUGGUGGAUCCCAGGACUUGCCUUGAUCGCUAUACUGUGGAUGGCUUCCGAUACUUUCUUCUUCGGCAGGGCGUCCCCAACUGGGACUGUGAUUACUAUGAUGAAAAGGUGGUUAAGUUGCUAGAUUCCGAGCUGGCAGAUGCUUUGGGAGGCCUCUUGAACCGGUGUACUGCCAAUAGAAUAAAUCCUUCUGGGACCUAUCCGGUUUUCUGCACUACCUGCUUUCCCAGUGAGCCAGGGUUGGUGGGGCCGUCAGUUCGUGCUCAGGCAGAGGACUAUGCUUUGGUGAAUGCAGUGGCCACUCUGCCCAAGCAGGUGAUGGUGAAGGGAGGAAAUGAUCAAUGCUCCAAGAAUCUCAUACUGGAUUUAGGGAUCUCUCCAAGGCUCCAUAAGAGAAUAUCACAGAGAAGAUGUUAAGGGAAGGGAAUUGGAAGAGCUACACACCAGGAGGAUCUUCCUAUGGCAUUGACAACUAGAAAUAAUAUACUUUCUACUGCAUCUUUUCAUGAAUAGCUAUUGGGAGUUUUAGCCAUAUUUGGAUGUUCAAAGUAAGGUAAGGCUAAGUACGGAAGUUCCAUCCUUGGCUGUUAACUAAAUAUCAUUUGGUUUAUGGCACAGACUACUCACCAUAGAUUUUAAAGUCCACAGCUCCUCACUUAAGAACUGGAAGGUAUGAGAUGUCAGGAUGUUUCAGGAAACCAAGUGUGCCAUCUGCAAGAAGAAAAUUAUAGCUCCAAGGAGAGAUGAGCCCUGCCUUCAAGUCAUGAAGAAUAUUUUGGAUGAAACAUCUGCAGAGGGCCUGGAAGACUCACUGUGUAAAGCUGGAGGGACAGCUCUAGGAAUAACUGGAAAUGGAUGAUACCACCUUUUUUAGUGUAUGGUAUGGGAAAAAAUGGUUCUAUCCUCUCUAUACUACCAUUCCUAACGUCAUUCAUGCCUUGUGCAUGUACCCCUCAUUAGUUGAUAGUCACUGGUUUGUGCGAUUUAACAUGAAGAUGUACUUUCAAAAAGUAGUUUAUGACUGAUUUAUAGAUUAGAAUUUCUGUUUUCUUAAUACAUUCAAUAAAAAUAUGACCGACUGCACAUUUUUUCUCAAAAUAUUUUUAAAAAUGUAGUAACUUUUAUGUUGGAAAACAUUAAGAUAGUUUCAGUAAUUUGGCUUUCCUUGAACUAGUCUAGAAGAGUCUGCUGGUUAAAAAGCUAUAAAUACUAAAAAUAUAAAGUUAAUAAGCAUGUUACACAUUUUAGGUUAAAUCAGUACAAUAAUACAAAUACAAUGUAUUUCUUUCAAACCACAUGAAAAGAAAUGUUAAAGAAAAUUCAAUCCAAAAGAAGACAGGAAGGAGAAAAAGGGGCAAAGAAAAAUGAAAAAUAUGGUAAAAGAAAACCCAUAAUAAGACAGUAGAAUGAUUAUGAUUACAAAUAUCUCAGAAUUGUAAUGAACAUCAAAGGAUAAACCUUCUGUCAAAAGACAGCCAUGUUCAUUCUUUAAAAAAUUUUUUUUUCAAUGUUUAUUUAUUUUUGAGAGACAGAGCGUGAGUAGGGAAGGGGCAGAGAGGGAG